AUGCCCUUCAUCCAACCCACAGGCGUCUCUACUCGUCAGCUCUCCAAUAAAAGCGUGUCAUCACUCGCCAAAAGCACCAACGGCGCCAGCAGCGAUUCAGCCGUAACGAAAAAACUUGAGCCAGAAAAGUCAUGCCGGGUCACGGACAACUGGGUCAAGAGCGCAGACGAUUCGAUCCACAUCUUUACCAAGACAUGGCAUCCUGUUGGCAUUUCCGUCCAAUCUGUCCUUGUAUUCAUUCACGAUGCUCUUGAGCACUGCGAGCGGUACCAACCCCUAUUCACUUAUUUUCCAGCAAAAGGCAUUAAAGUCCACUCAUUCGACCUCCCCGGAUUCGGCGAGACCGGUGCACGGGCUGACGCGCAUGGUGUCACAGGCGGCUACGACGCACUACUUAAAGAAAUCGACAAGGCCAUCGAUCGUGCCACCAAUGCUCAUCCAACAAAACCCCUCAUCCUGAUGGGUCAUGGCAUGGGUGGCGCCCUCGUAUUGAACUAUGUCUGCGGUCUCGGGCAACGGAUCACGUCUCUUGCUGGGGUGAUCUCAUCCUCUCCGUACUUGAAACCGACGAUGAAAGGAGCUGGGUCGCGGUUUCCGAGCACUUAUAAUCGCUUGAGUAAAUGGUAUCCCAAUGUCAGAGUCAACUUCCGAGUCACAUCUGAAGAAUUGACGCGCGACCAGGCAGAACAGGACCGGCACCAUAACGAUGGACUCAUUCAGGAUGCGGUUUCUUUGCAAUGCUUGGGUGACAUGAUCUAUCAGGGCAACAAGAUGUUAACGAAGCGAUGGAAAAACUUCCCGGGGCCACUACCGAUGUUGCUACUUCAUGGAACUGAGGAUCCAAUAUGCUCAUAUCAAGCUACAGCGACCUUAAGCACUCAGCUGCUUAAGCUGCGACCCACCAAUUUUGUCUUCAAGUCCUGGAAGGGCAACAAACACGACCCACAUUGGGAUAUCGAUGCCAACUCCAUCAAGAGUGAAUACGUCCACUGGAUCCGCAAUACGGUUCGACAUUUUGACAAGGUUCCGCUGAACCCCAACAUGGUGCACUCCGAUUGCAUCAAAUCUGCCAGGUCUCGCGCCGCCUUCAAAAACGACAAAUCCGACAAAAGCCAGAAGGAACGGACCAAAGCCGACAAGAAAAAGAAGGAGCAUGAGCAGCACAUCCAAGCGACCGUUAAUCUCACCACUGAUGCUUCUUCCAUGGAGGCAACGAAGGCUGUGGGCGUCAAAGAGAAUCCAGCAGAGUCGCAUCCGGAGCAAAUUCAGGGCCUGGAGGAUUUGCGUCGUCAGCAGCAGCAGAGGCUUGAGAGGCUUGAGGCCAAGCGACGAGAAUAUGUUGAAGGCGAUGAGAAGGUCAAACGGAAAGCAGCUGGGCAAUCCACCGUGCCAGAGGCCGAUCAACAUAAACCAGCAGAAGAACUGAAAGCGUCAGAGGCAAUUAUGCCUAUUGUACCAGAGACAAUCCAGCCCAGUGCACCAGAGACAAUUCAGUCCAAUGCACCAGAGGCAAUUCAAUCCGAAGCAACAAAUGCAAAUGAGAUAGAGGCAUUUAGUAUGGGUUCACCUGCAUCAGCAGCUGGUGACCAAGCCCAAGUUGAGGAGACAGAAUUUAAGGCAGCAGAAGGUCCAGUAGACGGCGCGACUGCGAAUACCAUCGCAGCAGUUGCAGUCGAGAUUGCAAUGCAAGAAGGAGAGGCCUCAAAUGAAGAUCAAGCUGAAGAGCCCACUCAGGAUAACAAUGCCAAUGUGCUUGAUCUUCCUGAAGCUGCGCUCGAGAAUACGAACCACGAGAUCGAAUUCUCCUCCGCUGUCGAGCCAACUCCCCCGCAGGCCACCCCAACAGCAGUCUUGAGCGAGCCUACUCAGCAUGGCGAUGGCAAAGAAGCAGAUCAAGAAGGACAUGAUGCUGGACGAGAGAUCUGCAACGUCCUUCCGGCUGCUAACGAACAAAUGACCAUUGCUGCUCCAGAUGAAAUUGCGGCCGAGUCUAUUAUUGCAGUUGAACCUUGCGAGGCUGUAGCGGAGGCUGCCGAGCCGAUCAAGGAAGCGCUAUCCGUACCGGACGCAUUACCAGAGACAGAGGUUGCCGACGACGGCACCCGCUCUAGACUUGAGCAUGCGGAGUAA